UCCAACCCUCGUCUCUCCUUCUCUCGUCUCUCCUUCUCUCCAACCCUCGUCGCCUCCCCGCGCGGCGCCUCUCCUCCACCGGACCACCUCUCUAAACCUCAUCACCUCCGCGCGCAGAGCCUUUCCUCCACCUCUCCAGCCCUCAACACCUCUGCGGGCAGAGCUUCUCCUCCACCUCUCCAGCCCUCGUCACCUCCACGCGCAGCGCCUCUCCUCCAUCUCUCCAAUCCUCAUCACCUACGCGUGUAGAGCCUCAUAAAGCCCCUCCCUCAAACCCUCGCAGCUGCCGCCUCUGUCAUCAUGCCCCUCUUCUCUCCACCACUCCACCUCUCAUCACCUCAAUUUCAUCCUCUUACAAGCCUGUUACCGGCGAAAAUCUCGACCCGAACCUCUGCAACCUAAGGUUAGACGAAGCUUCGCCACCAAAAAUCUAGUUCGGCCGUAUCCAGGCAUGUCGAGAGGUGUCCAAUUGUAUGAGAGGGUGCCGGCCGUGUCGGACACCGGCACGACACUGGUCCGUCAGCGGUUUUGCCGUGUCCGUGCUUCGCAGGUGCAGAUUCUUAAUCCUGUUAACACGUGGGUAUGCAUGUCCUCAAAGUUCUCUUGUAUCAAGAGCCACUGUUUCCAAGUCAUCUUCAAUCGAAACCAUGCUUCCCGCAGGAAUCUGAAAAUAUCAUGCUUUCAGGACAGUGCCACAAAAUAUUUUGAUUUCGUUGUUAUCGGCAGUGGUGUUGCUGGAUUAAGGUAUGCUCUAGAAGUUUCUAAACGUGGAUCUGUUGCAGUAAUUACUAAGGCUGAACCUCAUGAAAGCAACACAAACUACGCACAAGGUGGUGUUAGUGCUGUGUUGUGUCCUUCAGAUUCUGUAGAGAAUCACAUGCGUGAUACAAUUGUUGCAGGAGUUCAUUUAUGUGACGAAGAGACCGUUAGGGUUGUUUGUACAGAAGGGCCUGAUCGUAUCAAAGAAUUGAUUGCUAUUGGUGCAUUAUUCGAUCAUGGAGAAGAUGGUAAUCUGCACCUCGCAAGGGAAGGAGGACAUUCUCACCGAAGAAUAGUUCAUGCUGCCGAUAUGACCGGAAGAGAGAUAGAACGAGCUUUACUGAAGGCUGUUGAUGAUGAUCCGAACAUCUCCAUCUUUGAGCACCAUUUUGCUAUAGAUCUACUUACUUCUCAGGAUGAAUCAGAUAUAUAUUGUCAUGGAGUGGAUACAUUAAAUACUGAAACUCAACAGGUGGUCCGCUUUAUUUCAAAAGUGACGUUGCUUGCUUCUGGAGGUGCUGGGCAUAUAUAUCCUACAACCACCAAUCCACUGGUAGCAACUGGCGACGGAGUGGCAAUGGCACACCGUGCUCAAGCUGUGAUCUCCAACAUGGAGUUUGUGCAGUUCCACCCAACCGCCCUCGCUGAUGAAGGCCUUCCCAUCAAGCCAAAUAAAAGACGGGAAAAUGCUUUUCUAAUCACGGAAGCAGUAAGAGGCGAUGGUGGUAUCCUCUAUAAUCAAUCCAUGCAAAGGUUCAUGCCAUUGUAUGAUGAACGCGAAGAACUAGCUCCCAGAGACGUAGUUGCAAGAAGCAUCGAUGAUCAGCUGAAGAAACGCGGAAAAAAAUAUGUGCUACUAGACAUCAGCCAUAAACCAAGACAAGAAAUUCUUGCACAUUUUCCCAACAUCGCUGCGGAGUGUCUUCAGUAUGGCCUGGACAUAACAAGCAUGCCAAUACCUGUAGUCCCGGCUGCUCAUUACAUGUGCGGAGGAGUGCAAGCAGGGCUGCAUGGCGAGACAAAUAUCAAAGGCCUGUAUGUGGCCGGUGAGGUUGCAUGCACAGGUUUGCAUGGGGCUAACCGGCUCGCAAGCAAUUCAUUACUUGAAGCACUAGUGUUUGCUCGUCGUGCAGUAAGACCAUCGAUAGACCAUUUGGAAUGCUUGAGCCUCAACAUUCAGGAUUCAAACAUGUGGGCUCGACCAGUGCUUCCAUUGUCUCUUAAGAGUAAUACAGUUCGAGAUAUAAUGUUGCAGACUAGAGUGAUCAGAACAGAGUUGCAAUCUAUCAUGUGGGAGUCUGUUGGAAUCGUGCGGUCCACAAGCCGAUUGAAGACGGCCGAAUGGAAAAUAGGCGAAUUGGAAAUCGAGUGGGAGAAGUUUUUGUUCAGACAAGGAUGGGAACUGACAAUGGUUGGGCUUGAAGCAUGUGAGAUGAGAAAUCUUUUCUGCUGCGCAAAGCUAGUUGUUAACAGUGCUUUAGCAAGGCGAGAAAGUCGAGGUUUGCAUUUCACCGAAGAUUUUCCGUAUUUGGAGGAGAGUAAGAGGAAGCCAACCAUAAUUCUACCUAGUUCUUCACUGAAGUUGACAUGGAGUUCUCGGCAGCUGCACAAAGAACCUCAUUGAUGAAUAAAUUGUUCAGCUAUUAUGCAUCAUUUUUUAUGUCAUAUAUACAUAAUCAUUUUGGAAAACAAGAACUCAUUGAAAGGUGAUACAUAGGACAAGAAGCUGAAUCAACCCAAUAAUGUGUACUUUGACAGUGAAAAUUUUGAAAUCUUCACAUUUAAAUUUAUAUA